GAAGACCCGAGGCUGGGGAGGAAGGAGGACGCGCGGCCGGAUCGCCUGCGGAUGCCCCCCACCAUGUGAGGGAGGCUUGCGGCCUUCCCGCCGAGGCUGUUUCUCCGGAGCAGUAUACUGAUGAAAUGGAGCCUGGGACGAAUUCUUUUCGAGUAGAAUUUCCUGAUUUCUCUAGCACCAUCCUGCAGAAGCUCAACCAGCAGCGACAGCAAGGACAACUUUGCGAUGUUUCUAUUGUUGUCCAGGGUCAUCUUUUCCGAGCCCAUAAAGCUGUCCUAGCAGCCAGCUCCCCUUACUUUUGCGAUCAGGUGCUCCUGAAGAACAGUCGACGGAUUGUUCUUCCUGAUGUCAUGAAUCCCAGGGUGUUUGAGAAUAUUCUUCUGUCAACUUAUACGGGGCGGCUAGUGAUGCCUGCUCCGGAAAUUGUUAGCUACUUGACAGCAGCAAGCUUCCUUCAAAUGUGGCACGUGGUGGACAAGUGCACAGAGGUGUUAGAAGGAAACCCUUCUGUCCUUUGUCAAAAGCUGAACCGAACCAGUGACCACCAGUCUCCAAGCAGCAGUAACUACAAUGGCCUUGUGGAAAGCUUUGAGCUGGGGACAGCGGGGCAGGCAGAUUUCCACAAGGUGCAGGAACUAAGGGAUGGGGAAAAUGAAGAGGAGAGCUCCAAAGACGAGCUGUUGUCCCAGUUAACAGAACACGAGUAUCUUCCUAGCAAUUCUUCAACAGAACAUGACCGGUUGAGCACGGGCAUGACCAGCCAAGAUGGAGAAGAGGGAGUUAGUGACAGUGCUGAGUACCAGUAUACCCGGCCUCUUUACAGCAAACCCAGCAUUAUGUCUCACAAACGAUGGGUCCACGUAAAAACAGAGAGGUUUGUGCAGGACUGCGAAGGGGUAGAGAUGCAUGGCUCCUACGAUGAGCACCAGGUGUCCGAGUCUAUGAACGCUGUUCAGCCAGACCACCCUGCUCAGACAACCAUUCCUGGAAAUCUUCGUGUCAGUGAAAAGACGAUGGAAAUGGGAUUUGGUGAGCAAGCCAACGGGAGCAACUAUGACGAGCAAGUGGACUUUUAUGGUUCUUCCAUGGAAGAGUUCUCCGGGGAAAGGAAUGAUGGGACCCUAAGUCUUCAGAGGCAGGAGGCUUCAGGUUACGGAGAAAGCACAGAUCUUCCCUCGGGGAUCAAGGAAGAAAAUGCCCUGCCUGGCUUUUCUACCGCCGACAGGCUCUAUCCGUGCCAAUGUGGCAAGAGUUUCACCCACAAAAGCCAGAGGGACCGUCACAUGAGCAUGCACUUGGGCCUCCGGCCUUACGGCUGUGGCGUCUGCGGUAAGAAAUUCAAAAUGAAGCAUCACCUUGUGGGCCAUAUGAAAAUUCACACAGGCGUCAAACCGUACGAAUGUAACAUCUGCGGGAAGAGGUUCAUGUGGAGGGACAGUUUCCAUCGGCACGUGACCUCUUGCACCAAAUCGUACCAAGCCUGCAAAGUGGAACAGAACACUACUAAAAUGAACUAGAAGAGGAAGGGCAGAGAACGAAAGGGAAUAUAAUCGCUUAGCCGAACAAGCAGAACGAUGGCAUUGCGCAGCCUGUGCCUAAGGCCUGCUGCUUUGAGAUGGUUGGUUCGAAAUAAACUCUGGGGCACAGGUUCAAGCACCCAUGGGUGCCAGGGCCAUCUUUUAAGGUGUUACUGAGGAUUCCUCUCCCGAGACUGCAGACAGACCAGCAAGUUGACAUAAUGGUACUUUUAUGUACUUACAGUUAUUGCUGUUUAAUUUGUGCUUUACCAAUAUUUGGGUUCUCUAAAGUGGAAUGCUGAGGGACCUUCUUGCUUUUAGUACAUCUCAGUAGAUUUCUGCUCAGAUAUUUUAAGGUUCAGCAAGGAUGUAUGUUGGGGAGGGGCUGUUUUCUUCGGUGCCACUCCCUGGUUGGCGGUGUUUGAAUCUAAGUUAGUAAAUUAGAGGUGGGAGCACUCGAUUGUUUAGGAUGAGUGAGGGUGAAUGAGUGGAUGACUUUCUCUCCCUUUCUCAAAAUGCACAUUGCUAGACAACUUUCAAGUGCAGCCACAUCGUUAACCGACAGCUGCUUCCUUGAUCUGUCCAACUUCUGAGUUUCAUUUACUGGCUCUCUUUGUUUUUGCAGAGCGCAUGUUAAUGCUUCUUUUUGAUAUAUUGUGAUGGACACUUUAAAACCUCACUUUCUUGUCCUUCCCUUGUGCCUAAUGCAAUAGCCACUCAAACCACCCUCUUAUUUUGGCUGGGACACUCAAGAGCAUUGUGCUUGUUUCCCAACAGAGGUGAAAAUGCCAUUCUCUUGUAGUUGAGACUCAUUGCAGACAUCAUUUUUGUUCUAUAUUUUACCAGUGUGCUGCAAGACCAGAAAGCAAAUCAUCUCUGGGGUUUGCAAUGUAAGCUUUUGUACUAGCCUCCUUACCAACUCAGACUGGUUAGUAGUUGCUUGAAACUAUUCCCUUUCCUUCCAGCGAUUAAAAAGUAAAUAGCAUUCAGAAGAAGCUCGUGCCCACAUUCCCCGAAGGGAAGCUCUUCUGGGUUUCAAAAUGUGAUAUUUCUCCUCCAUGGAGGAUGGAUUUUUCAGCUCCAGAUUAAUUUUUUAAUCAGAGGUUGUUCCAGAUCAUUAAUAAAGAGUUGACUUUUUUCUCAUCCCAACUACUGCGCAAGAUGGAGGCAGGUUGGAACGGUCAAGGCAUUUGUGCCCAUCUCAUCUGUGUGUUUCCUUGGCAGAAUACUUGCCCAGUAUGCCAAGGUAACUUAUCUACCCAUCCCAGUUUCCAUCUGUAAACCUUGGAGAAGGGGGAAUCUGUAGUUCUUGCACUGAUAACCUAAAUUCACAAGAAAGGCAAGCAUUUUUGAGACGGUUGUCCUCUUCCUUCAAUUGCUCAGUUUAAAUUAUCUUUCCAGCUGAUGUCUAAAAUAUGAGUGUCUAACUUGGUAGGAUGGUAGCGCUGUGAACUAACCUUUAGGCCUUUCUCUUUUAAUUAAAUAUGCCUCCCCUCCUGGUGUUAAACUUGUUCUAAAGUGAUUGAACCUACCAGCUGUUGGGAUUCCCUUGUCUCUUCCCACCCUAUCCUCCAAAUGGGCAAUCUUUCAACCUCUCCAGUAAGGCACUUCUUCAGCUGACCAUGGGGACUUACAUGUGGAUGGUCAACCCCAAGUGUCAAACAUGAACUCAGCCAUACCCUUCGCUAGAAAUGGCUGCCACUGACUUGAACCCUAGGAAACAAGUUAACUCCGCAGGGAUCUCUUUGCCAACACUGUAACUCGCUAAUGUAUAGAAGCACUUUGUAUUUAAAACAAA